UAUAGAUAGAUUCCUCUUCGAUUUUCUUUUCCAGGCAAGUUCAAAAUGUAGACAUGUCUGAAAAAUUACCUAAUAAGCAGAGAAAAGAAUUAAAUAUGGCUAGAAAAGUACAGCGCAGAAAGCCAGGGUCCAACGGUAACAUCUCGUUUGGCUGUUCCUUCAGGGGCAAUCUCGUAAUUCACACUACCCAACGUUCCCCCCCAUUCACCAUCAUAACAAAAGUCGAGCUACAGCAAACAAAGCAAAUCAAGAACUCACUCCCUCCUCUCUCUGCAAAUCAAAGCUCGAGAGUGGGUUUCAGCAAACUGCACUUUUUCUCUCUCCCCUCUCUCUCUGAAUCUCUCUGAAUACACACACACACACACACAUACACACACUGUUUUGGUCCAAUCACAUUUGACUCCAGCUUUCUCCAUCACCUUUUUUCUACUUUUCUUUUUUCUCUAUUCAAUUCAAUUCUUCUUUUGCUUUUUGUUUCUACUUUGUAUCUCGUUGAGAAACUCAAAACCCUAGUAGUCUGAACUUAAUCGAUUUAGCUGUGAGAAAGAAGAAGAAGAAGAAGAAGUGAGCUUUCAUCAAUGGCUGCAGUAAAACCAGAGGAAAUAAGUCAUGCUCCCAUGGACCAGCUUCAAGGAUUAGAGUAUUGCAUCGAUUCCAAUCCUUCUUGGGGGGAAGCAAUAGCACUUGGAUUCCAGCAUUAUAUUCUGGCAUUGGGUACUGCGGUGAUGAUUCCUUCCUUUCUUGUACCUCUAAUGGGCGGAAGUGACGAUGAUAAAGUGAGAGUAGUUCAGACAUUGCUGUUUGUCGGAGGAAUAAACACAGUGCUGCAAACGUUGUUUGGAACAAGAUUGCCUACUGUAAUUGGAGGUUCAUGGGCUUUCUUGGUGCCUAUAAUUUCAAUUAUUCAUGAUCCUUCUUUGGAAAGAAUCAUAGACCCUCAUCAGAGAUUUCUGAGUACAAUGCGAGCAAUACAAGGUGCACUUAUAGUAGCAUCAAGCGUGCAGAUUAUUCUGGGAUACAGUCAGCUGUGGGCUAUAUGUUCAAGGUUUUUCAGUCCACUUGGAAUGGUUCCAGUAAUUUCUCUAGUGGGUUUUGGUCUCUUCGAUAGAGGCUUCCCUGUGGUUGGCCGAUGCGUGGAAAUCGGAAUUCCGAUGUUCAUCUUAUUCGUUGCAUUCUCCCAGUAUUUGAAGCACUUCCAAACAAAGCAAAUCCCUGUCUUGGAAAGAUUUGCUCUUGUGAUUUCGGUCACCGUUAUAUGGGCUUACGCGCACCUCCUCACCGCUAGCGGUGCGUACAAGCACCACCCCGAGUUGACUCAGCGGAACUGUCGUACCGACAAAGCCAACCUUAUUUCUUCUGCUCCGUGGAUCAAAAUUCCUUAUCCGCUUCAAUGGGGGGCACCGACAUUCGAUGCUGGACAUGCAUUUGGAAUGAUGGCUGCUGUACUAGUUUCCUUGAUUGAGUCAACGGGAGCGUAUAAGGCGGCAUCUCGUUUAGCGAGCGCCACACCACCUCCUGCCCAUGUUCUUAGCCGUGGAAUCGGGUGGCAGGGAAUCGGAAUCUUGUUGGAUGGACUGUUCGGUACCGGUACUGGAUCAACGGUUUCAGUGGAAAAUAUUGGUCUUCUUGGAACCACGCGAGUCGGCAGUCGACGUGUAAUCCAAAUUGCAGCUGGUUUCAUGAUAUUCUUCUCCAUUUUGGGGAAAUUCGGAGCUCUAUUUGCAUCAAUACCUUUCACAAUAUUCGCAGCUGUAUAUUGCGUUAUGUUCGGUCUUGUCGCUUCGGUGGGAUUAUCGUUCUUACAAUUCACAAACAUGAACUCAAUGAGAAACCUCUUCAUAACGGGUGUCUCCCUCUUCCUCGGUUUGUCGAUUCCCGAGUACUUUAGGGAAUAUACCGCCGCUGCUCUUCACGGACCUUCUCAUACAAAGGCUGGAUGGUUCAACGAUUUCCUCAACACGAUAUUCUUGUCCUCACCGACAGUUGGCUUACUAGUAGCCGUAUUUCUUGACAACACGCUCGAGUACAAGGAUAGCGCUGUGGAUAGAGGAAUGCCUUGGUGGGCUAAGUUCAGAGCAUUCAAAGGAGAUAGCCGAAACGAAGAGUUCUACACUCUUCCGUUCAAUCUCAACCGAUUCUUCCCUCCUUCAUGAUCGGACACAAUCUUCAUUCUUGAAGAAAAACGAUUAUCGAGUUAAAGAGUGAGAGUGAGUGAGUCCGCAUGUUUUCGACUCCUCGGUGGUUUUUUAGUGUGUGACAGAUUAGUCUCAUCUGUCAUUAAUUUUUUCAUUUAUUUGAACUCGUCUUUAUUUGGGUUAUUCGAGUUUAAUCCAAUAAAACUAAAAUUAUUGUCUU